AUGUGUGAGAAUUAUUCAGAACAACAACUACCAGAAACAAGCUUUUGUUAUAUUGAGGAUUUGGUUAAACAACAAAUAAAUGCAGCUAUUCAAGAAUCUAUUCCUCGUCUGUUAGAGUCUGAGAAAGGCGACAGAAAAAACUUGCUUUCCAAAUUAAAAACAAUUUUAUUACAAAAAUUAAAUUCCCGGUAUGAAUUGAGUAUGCCAAAUAUUUUUGUUUUUGUUUUAUUUUUCUGGACUCUAUUUUACACUUUUAGACAUUCCAGGUGUGUUUUUAGUUAG